GGAUAUUUAGUCUCAUUUUCAAAAGUUUCCUCAAAUAAUUUGCAAAUGGAGUUAAUGACAGAACGUUAUUUUCAAAAACCACUACGACUGAGUCACAGUGCAUCAAAUUUACCAGAUAUUUUGCAAUAUGCAAGAUCAGGAUCUUCAGGAAGAUUUGAUGAUAUAACAGAAGGCAGUUAUCCAGCUAUUUAUACGCACAGGAAUAUCAGAUCAUUUGCACCCUGGCGUCCCAAGUCUCAUUUUUCCCCGGACCGAUUAUCUUAUUUUAAUGAUGACAAGUCGGCAAAAUCACUGGGUCCCAUUGUCAAUGUUACUGGAGAUUCGCUAGGUUUACAUGAACUGGAGGGUUUAAGAAUUCCUUCUAUAUACUCAGCUGCACGCAACGCUUUAUACACAAGAUAUACGCCUGCCGACUGGACUAAGGGUAACUUUACUCGGCUGUCAAACUCAGAGCAGGCAAUGAAGAGAGCUGAACAUAUAAGAGGAAAUGGAGAACGUUUGGGAGUUGAAGCAGAUGACAGAAUUAAACGAGCACAACAGGAAGUUGGCAGACUACUUGGUCAAAGAAUUAAUGAUAUCAAUUAUAUGAAACAUGAAUUAAAUAACGAAAUUGAUGCACUUAUUAAUGAAAUGAAUAAAUUAAAUGAAUCUAAACGAAUUGCUGAAAAAGCAUUCGCCGAAAUUGAAAAUCCAUUACAUAUUACACAAGAAUGUUUAUAUCAUCGGGAAAAACGUCAAUCUACUGACCUUGUACACGAUCAACCAGAAAAAGCACUUUUAAAAGAAAUUGAUGGAAUAAAAGUUUGUCAAGAACAAAUUAAAAAUAUUAUAAAUCGUGCUACAGCACAAUUAAGUUUAUGUCGUAGUGUUCAACAUGAAUUAGAACAAGAUAGUUCAGAUAAAUUUAGGGCAUUACAAUUGGAUCAAUUAGCUCAUCAAUUACGUAAUUCAUCGGCUAAUAUUGCAUUAUAUGGUGAUAUUGAGAAAUUAGAAAAAUGGAUGAGUGUACCGGAAAAAUGGGCUGAACACACAAGCGCUAAUUUAAAACGUUCCCAAGCUGAACGUGCAGCAAGUCGAUCUAUUCGUGAAGCAAUUGAACAUUGUUUAGGCGCAACAUUCAGUAGAAUACGUGAUUUAUGGUCUUCAACUAAUGCAUGUUUAUCUCAACGUAUACAAGAAACAAUGGAAGCUAAGAAUAGAAUACAGGUUCAAUUAGAAAAAGUAUGUUAAUUAUCAUCUUUUGUCGUUUCU